AUGACCGGAAUCAAUCCAAACGCAAUGGUCCACCAGCUCAAGGCAGAUUCGGAUCACCCACCAGUCAAGCAGAAGAGGAGGAAAUUCGCACCUGAGCGAAACCGGAUCGUCAAUGAAGAGGUUAAAAAGCUUCUAAGCAACGGCAUGAUCAGAGAGGUCCACUACCCCGAAUGGUUGGCGAACAUUGUCAUCGUAAAGAAAAAGAACGGAAAGUGGAGAGUUUGCAUCGAUUUCACUGACCUGAACAAAGCCUGCCCCAAGGAUUCUUUCCCACUCCCACAUAUUGACAUGAUGGUAGAUGCGACCGCAGGGCACGAACUCCUCAGUUUCAUGGAUGCUUUCUCCGGAUACAACCAGAUUUUGAUGCAUCCGGACGACCAGGAGAAGACAGCCUUCAUCACCAAGAGGGGAACCUACUGUUACAAAGUGAUGCCGUUUGGACUAAAGAACGCCGGGGCCACCUACCAACGUCUGGUCAACAAAAUGUUCUUUGACCACUUAGGGAAGACCAUGGAGGUGUACAUCGAUGAUAUGCUCGUCAAGUCCCUGAUCGCCGAACAACACCUUGACCACCUUAGCCAGGCAUUCGCCGUUCUCCGGAAGUACAACAUGAAGCUGAACCCAGACAAGUGCUCAUUCAGCGUCUCAUCAGGUAAAUUCUUGGGCUACAUGGUUACUCAGCGAGGGAUAGAAGCAAACCCCGACCAGAUCAGAGCGGUCCUCAACAUACCAUCCCCGACUUGCAUCAGAGAUGUCCAGCGCCUGGCAGGACGAGUGGCCGCCCUGAGCCGUUUCAUCUCCAAAUCAGCUGAUAAAUGUCACCUAUUCUUCCACGCCCUCAAGAAGUCCAAGAAUUUUGACUAGAACCUUUCCUGCGAAGAAGCCUUACAACAGCUGAAGAGGUAUCUGACCACACCACCACUUCUUUCCAAACCUAUGGAUGGGGAGAAGCUCUACUCCUACCUAGCGGUCUCAGAGACAGCCAUCUCGGCAGUACUAGUUCGAGAAGAAGAAUCAAAGCAAUUACCAGUCUACUAUGUGAGCAAGUCGCUCCUCGACGCAGAAACGCGGUACAGUCAACUGGAGAAACUGGCCCUCACCCUCGUCCAUGCGUCCAGGAAGUUCAGGCCGUACUUCCAGUGCCACCCCAUUGUUGUAAUCACCUCCUUCCCACUUAAGAAGAUACUACACAAACCAGAACUAUCAGGCCGAUUCAUGCAAUGGACGGUAGAACUUAGUGAGUUCGAUAUAGCCUACCAAUCCCGUACCGCCGUCAAGUCCCAGGCACUGGCAGACUUCAUUGCCGACUUCACACCAAGCACCACCACCCAGGCCGAAAGAGAAUUACUAUGCAUGAACGGCGUACCACCCUCAAAGUGGACUCUCCUAGUAGACGGAUCGAGCAAUGUCAAUGGAAGCGGACUCGGAAUAGUACUGAUCGCACCAGAGGGAGACAUCAUCCAGCGAGCAAUCCGGUGUAGGUUCAAGUGCACGAAUAACGAGGCUGAAUAUGAAGCCCUCCUAGCAGGACUUUCCUUGGCCAGAGAAAUAGGAGCCAAGAGACUAGAAGUGAAGUCGGACUCCCAACUCGUAGUCAAUCAACUACAAGGUACAUAUCAAGCACGUGAUUCAAAGAUGACAUCCUAUCUGAGCAUGGUCAAAAAGCUACAGACUGAAUUCGAAGAGUUCUCAAUAGUACAGAUCCCCAGAACCGAGAACUACCACGCCGACGCCCUCGCCAACCUUGGCUCAACACUCCCAUGUUCCUCCCAGUCAUCCAUUCCCCUCUUAUUCAUGCAGUGGCCAGCCAACUGGAAGGUACCACCACCGAACAAGUCUCCCAUAGAGGCCAUGGGCAUUGAACAAGCUGACUGUUGGAUGACCCCAAUAAUAAGAUACCUGGAAGACGAUGAGCUCCCGGCUGACAAGAACGAAGCCCGCCGACUGAAAGCAAGAGCCGCCAGAUUCACCAUACAUGAGGGCCAACUCCUCAGAAAGUCAUUCUCGGGCCCUUAUCUGAAAUGCAUAAGCCCAGAAGAAGCCCAAAGUGUUCUAGCCGAACUCCACGAAGGCGAAUGCAGCAACCACGCGGGGGGGCGCAGUCUGGCACACCGGGUGAUCACCGCGGGGUACUACUGGCCGACCAUACGCACAGACUCAACCGCUUAUGCAAAGAAAUGUGACAGCUGUCAGAGGUUUGCUCACGUCUCAGACCUCCCACCAGAACGACUCCAUUCCAUUCUCACACCGUGGCUCAUGAAGUGGGGAAUAGACAUCGUGGGAAAGCUAACUACUGCACCAGGGCAACGAGUCUUCAUGUUGGCUGUGACAGACUACUUCACCAAGUGGAUCGAAGCCGAAGCCUUCGCUCAAGUCAGAGACCGAGAGGUAAAAGCUUUCAUCUGGAAGAAUGUGAUCUGCAGGUUCGGAAUACCGAAGGAGAUUGUCACCGAUAAUGGGUCCCAGUUCAUUAGUUCAGGCUUCAGGGAUUUCUGUGACAUGUGGGGAAUAAAAUUGAGCUUCUCAACACCCCGCAACCCCCAGUCUAACGGCCAAGCCGAGUCAUCAAACAAGACCAUUAUACAGACAUUAAAGAAACGACUGCAAAAAGCUAAGGGCGCAUGGGCAGAUGAGCUACCCGGAGUCCUCUGGUCAUACCGAAUGACGACUCGAUCAUCAACCGGUGAAACUCUAUUCUCCCUGACAUACGGUUCCGGAGUCAUUCCAGUUGAAGUGUCAGUUCCAUCCACCAGGCUUCAAUGGGCGAACGAGGAAUCAAACAGUCACAACCUUUGCCAGAACCUAGACACUGUGGACGAGCUACGGGAACGGGCGAGCAUCCGCAAUGCAGUUUACCAGCAAUAGGCCGCCCGACAUUAUAACCGCAACGUGAGGAUCCGUACCUUCAAAACAGGUGACUGGGUCUUCCGCAAGGUCUUCCAAAACACCAAGGAGAUCAACUCUGGCAAACUCGGUCCCACCUGGGAAGGUCCCUACAAAAUAAUCGAAGCAGCAGGGAAGGGCGCCUACAAACUCCAGACCCCCGAGGGCAAAGACAUCAACAAUAGCUGGAAUGCCAUUCACCUCAAACGCUACUACUUCUAG